AAAAAAUAUUUAAAUAAAUAUAAAGAGAGAGAUCCGGUCAGGAAGGGAAAGAGGAGUGGAGCGAGGAUUUUGGCGAUAAAUUUGAUUGAGAUAGAGAGACACAACAUUGUCUUAGAUUUGCAUUUUAAAGUUUGAAUUUUGAGCAAGAAAAAUAUAUUUUUUUAAAAAAGUUUUAAAGAUUUCGGGUAUCUCAAGAAUUUGAUAGGGGAUAUGGAGGAUGACUUGCCAAUUAUGAUCAUCACUACUCCUUUAAAUCCCAAGAUUUAUUCUUGAUUUUCAUGGAUACAAGGGAGGAUGGCUCAAGAGGAAAAUGCUUUUGGGUGCACCUAUAGUGGCAGCAGCGGUGGAGGCGGCCGCGGUGGUGGUAGUGGUAGUGGUGGUGGUGGUGGUGGUAGUGGUGGUGGUGGUGGUGGUGGUGAGAGUAAUUGUAGGUUUAAAAAGAGUAAGCCCAAAAAAGUGCCUCAGAGGGGAUUAGGUGUGGCUCAGCUUGAAAAGAUUAGAAUUGAGGAUGAGCAAAAGAAAGUGAUUGCUAAUUCUUCUUCACUUAUUGAUGGUGGUGGUGGUGCUAAUUCUUUUUUUGGGGUUGAGAAAUUUACAAGGCCAAAUCUUGCACCUUUUCACAACUCACCACCACCUCCCUCACCAAAUUCAAUGUUUAGGCACACCCAAUCUGCCCCCAACAUUGAGAUUCUUCAAGAUAGUUGCUCUCUCUCAAAUGGGGAGAUUGGUUUAAGGCCUAUGUUGUGGCCUGGUGACUACAACCAUCAUCAUCCUUUUGUGGCCUAUGAAGCCCCCGCUUCCGCGGUUUUGCAUCAGAGGUCACACCAUUUUCAGCCACCUUCUUCUUCAAUGGUGAAUUCCAUUUCACCAUCAUCAGUUCUAACUUGUCAUUUGGAGCCCCCUUCAAGCCAAAGUUCACUCCCUAGCAACUAUGCACCUCAAUGGGAAGAGGAUGGCAAGAUGGUUGGAAUGAAGAGGUCUUACCCCUUGUCUCUACAAAGCCAUCCGCCUCCUCGUUCAUCUGCGCCACAACACGACUUAGCCUUACAUAGUAGCGGUUACACACAACCAAGAAAGAAAUGCAUCAUAAGCGGAAGCGAGUGGAGUAGGCCAAUUGAAGUGGUCGGAGAUGGUGAGGCCCUAAAUGGGGAUUUCCUAACGUUGGCUCCUCCGUCCUCCUCCAAUACAAGCCAGCCUGAGUCGAGUGGAUCGGUGAAAGAGUCGUUUAACUUCUUCCCGGUUAAGCUGUUUGAGAGCAAUGGAGAAGAAGAGGGUGGUGAUGAUCAUCAUGCAGUUGAUCUCAAUCUUAAGCUAUAGAAGAAGGUUGGACAGCAGUUCUUGAUAUUGUGUGUAAUAUAUUUUACUUUACUUUACUAUGAAACAUAUUUUUUCGAUGUUAAUUCUCUGUGUUGUGGUUUUAUCAUCAUCUCAGUACUCCAAACACGAAAUUUGUCUCUGCUUUUAUUGUAAAACCAAAAUGAAAUGAGGAAAAAGGAAGGCAAGAUGCUUUGCUUGGCCUAUUUGUUUUGGU